CGCGGUCUCGCAGCAGCUCUCGCGGUGCCGGGGCCGCCCCCCCGCCCGCGUCCCCCUCUCGCCCUGGCCGCUCGCGCAGCUGCUCGGCUCUCGCUAUAUAAAGGGGCGAAGCGGGCAGAGCGGGCGGCUGGCGGCGGCGGCUGCAGCCCCAGGGCCGGCGAACGAGGCCGGGCCAGGCCGCGGGGCUGCCCGUGAGCCGGGGCGGGACGCGCGGGCGCUGGGGGGACGCAGCCGGGCAGGUUUAUUGUUUUAGGGGCGACUCCCCCCACCGCGGUUGGGGGCGUCCCGGGGGGCUCGGGACAUGGCGAGCUCGACUAACACAAACCCCGUGCCUAAAUUGUACAGGUCUGUAAUUGAAGAUGUCAUCAAUGAUGUCAGAGAAGUUUUUCUGGAUGAAGGAGUGGAUGAACAAGUUCUUAUGGAACUCAAAACACUGUGGGAGAACAAGCUGAUGCAGUCCAAGGCUGUAGAUGGCUUCCAUUCAGAAGAGCAGCAGCUUUUAUUGCAGGUGCAACAGCAGCAACAGCAGCAGCAGCAACAGCAGCAUCACCACCACCACCAUCAUACACAAGCUCAGCCGCAGCAGACUGUGCAGCAGCAGUCUCAGCCACAACAGGUCCUUAUUCCAGCGUCUCAGCAAGCACCUCAGCAGCAGGUUAUUGUGCCAGAUUCCAAGCUGAUACCGCACAUGAAUGCAUCAGGCAUGAGUGCUGCAGCCACUGCAGCUACGUUGGCUCUCCCCGCUGGUGUUACUCCAGUUCAGCAGAUACUUACAAAUUCAGGCCAGAUCCUCCAAGUAGUUAGAACUGCAAAUGGAGCUCAGUAUAUCAUUCAGCCGCAGCAGCAAGUUGUUUUACAGCAGCAGGUCAUACCACAAAUGCAGCCUGGUGGAGUACAAGCACCUGUUAUACAGCAGGUUUUGGCUCCUAUCCCUGGAGGGAUUUCCCAGCAGACAGGAGUGAUUAUUCAGCCUCAGCAGAUCCUGUUUACAGGAAAUAAAACACAAGUCAUACCUACAACAGUGGCUGCACCGACACCAGCUCAAGCACAGAUUCCUGCAGCUGGUCAGCAGCAGCCACAGCAACAACAGGCACAACCACAAGCACCACUUGUUCUCCAAGUUGAUGGAGCAGGUGACACGUCGUCUGAAGAAGAAGAAGAUGAGGAAGAAGAUUAUGAUGAUGAUGAAGAGGAAGACAAAGAAAAAGAUGGGGGUGAAGAUGGCCAAGUUGAAGAGGAGCCUCUUAACAGUGAAGAUGAUGUGAGUGAUGAGGAAGGACAAGAACUGUUUGAUACAGAAAAUGUUGUUGUGUGCCAGUAUGACAAGAUUCAUAGAAGUAAAAACAAAUGGAAAUUUCAUCUCAAAGAUGGCAUCAUGAAUCUUAACGGAAGAGAUUAUGUAUUUUCCAAAGCCAUUGGGGACGCAGAAUGGUGAAGUUUUAAAAGACAAAACAAAAAAACUCCCCGUAUAAGGAAAAAAAAUCAAAAGCAGGAAAGGUUGAGACUUGGACAUAUACUCCAAUCAAAAAGUGUAUCUGCACAUCAGAAAUAAACGAUAAACAAAAGUAUUGGAACAAAGGUAAAAUGUGGCAACAAAGACACUACUUCAAACGAGCAAGCCAUGGACUGUAGCAGCUAUAGCAUUGUCUGGGAGCUGGUUUUGUGUGUUAGGAAUACCUUACUUAUCAGUUCUACAUACAGGUACCUACAGCUGGUAUUUAGCAUGUAAGGCUUUGUUCUCCCCCCUUCUUCCCUUAAGAUUUUAAAAUACUUCUUCCACUGAUUGAAGGAACUGUUCCCUUUGAUAGAUUAUUAAUCUGAAAAUGCUUAUUGUGUGUACAAAUCUUUGCUUUGAACACUUCCUUUUGGUAGUGAGGAUGGUCAGAAUGUUACUUAAACUGCGUGCAAGCUUUGUACAGAAGGGUAAGAAUUAAGGUGUUAAAUUUUAAAUAACUUGUAUAAGGAAAAUAUUUUUAAUUCUGAUAUGCUCAUUAAUUAUUAUAUCUAUUUGUUGUUUUCAAUUCAGUUCCCCAUGAACAGGUUGUUGUUUCUAGCAGUUACAAAAUGGUAAAAUGAUCAUUUAUAUUUCAAAAUUAUUUUAAUUUCAUGUAAGUGAUACCUUUUAUUUAGGGUUGUAUUUUUUAAAUACUAAGCACCUGUAGCUCCCCCCCACAAAAAUCAGAUUGCUUAACUUGUUCAUUAUAUUCUUGCUGUUCGGUGGUGGUUCAGCAUCACUGAAUCAAUUUCUACUGAUUUUAUUUUUAUUUUUAUUUUUUCUUUUUAAAGGCUUCAGAGACCUUUUGAAUCAAAUGUGUGGGUAAUGGCAUAACAGAUGCACACCUGCUUACUACAUACGUAGUCCAGACAUUCACAAAUAAUUCAACAGACCACAAGAAUGACUAAAUUUUAAAAUAGAAAAUCACAUAAAAAUUUUAACAUCCUGGCUACAGCUCUGUUAAUCAAAGAUCCGCUUUACUAAAAAGUAUAGCCAUAAAUGACCUGCAGCAGUUAAUCUCUCUAUAAAGUUUCCAGGUGGCAUGUAGUUUCCUGAAGAGAGCUGCCCAGCUUUGAGAACACAGAUUUUGUCAGAAUAUCUUUAGACUGUUUGGUAACAGAAGGUCGAGCAGUUGGAUGCACUAAACCUUGUGUAGUCACUUCUUCACUUGCCUUUUCCAGAGGGGUGGUUUUGUGGCUUUUUUCUUUCUUUCUUUCUUUCGUGAAAAGCAGUAAGGUUGGUUCCUGCUCCUUCCUUUCCUCUCCUGAGAAGCGAAGACCUUUUCUUCAUGCAUAGGUUGUUCUUGCAAACCCUGCUUUCAGAACUGCAGUUGCUUUUGAAUGUGGAGAGGGAAUGGGCAUUAUACUUCAGAACUGUUGAGGAAGGAAUGUUCAUCUGGCUCACCGUUUCAAAAACAUUUUUUGUUUCAUCAAGUGCUUUGAAAGAUGGUGGGAAAAAGGACAGGGCAGAUAACUAAAUUGGGGAAGACCUUCAGAAGCAGGCUUUCGAACAAGGUUUUUUGGCCUUUUUUCCUUGAGAAUGAAAAUUUUUAAACAUGAUUUAACAAAGACACAAAUGUUUUUUAGCAUCAUGGAACGACUGCUCAUGCUCUUCCAUUUCCUUGCCUCCAAGUACAUUCAUAGUCUCAGUAGUACAUAAAAAACUCAAAACACAUUCUAAAGAGGGCUUUUUCGCUGUGAUUUUGGGCACUGGUGCUGCCAGUGAUACAGCCUAAAACUGCCUGUAGGAGCCUUGUGGUUAGUAAGCCAACUACAUACCUGAGAUUUAUGAAAAGUUAAUUGAUGUUUCUUCUAAUUUAUUCUUCAGUAAGGGAAUCAUCAUUUAGAGUGCAUUUUUGGCUUCAAGGUAUCUCAAAGUGAUCGGUGUUUGCUUUCUUCUGAACAAAGCAGAUAUUUUAAUUUUUUACCACUGUUGACACUUCUAUGUACAACUGCAGUGAAAUCAAUAAUGUACAAACUAAUUCCUUCCCUCCCCUUUUCCAUAUCUGUUACCAGUAGGUCUUAAGUAAUGGACUUCAGAAAAAUUCCCAUAAUGCUGCACAACCAAACCAAUAAAAGGAAAAAAAAUCCCUUUAGCUGUAGAUUCCUGUUUAUACUACUGGAAUCCAGAUUAUUUGUACGACACUUUGUUUUCAUACAUCGUAGCGAUAUUUUUUUCACCCUCAUACAUAUACUAGAAGCUGCAUAGCCUUUUAUUUAUUUUUAAGGGAUAGCAGAACUUUAAAAGUAACUUAAGCUUAGACUGUUCUGAAGGAUGUUCAAAGCUUUCUGAACUUGCACAGUCUCUUGCAAGCUUAUUGUAUGAUAUGCUUUUCAGAUAAGCAGUUUUGUCUUCAAAUACAAAUAACCUGUGAAGUUUUCAGAAAGCCAGUCAAACGUGAACAUACCAAACUGUGCUCUUAUUGCUACAUCAAGUGUUCCUUUUUUUAAAUCAAAAAGCAUGUUUAAUUUCAUUUUAUUGUAGCAGCUUGCUGUAAGAAUGUAGUUUGCUUAAUUUUAUUAUUGUACUUGAAUUUUUAAUCAUGGUUUUAACAAUGUAACUGAACAGACCAUUUCAUUAGUUUCCAAAGAAACCAUUCCUUUCAGAGGGCAAAGGAUUCCCAUGUUCAUAGAUCAUAAAUGAUUUUUCCACACUCCCCCCCCCUUUUUUUUAGUUGUGGUUUGUUUGUCGUCGUUGUUGUUGUUUUCCUCCCAUUUAAAUAGUUCAGUAUUAUGGAAACAAUAAUUUCAAGAGGGCUUAUAUUAAAAUUUGCACAGAUAAUGGAGCACCUUUUUAUGAUGGAAAAAAUGGGGAAAGAUAACUUCAUAAUUAUAACCAUGAUGGCUGAUGGAAACUUGUAGAGCAACUGGGCAAAACUGGGAGUCUCGUGCCUUUUCAGUUUGCUGAAUACCUGUUUUGCCAGUGUGACAAGACUUUUUCUUGAUUCCUGAGAGGGUAAAUUUCCUGCAGUGCUUCAAUCAGAAAAGCAUUUUUUUUUGCUCUAAUUCUGUUUGGUUUUAGUGUGUGCAAUCAUUUUAAAACAUCUAAGUUGAAAACAAAUUGAAAUAUGUUUUCUUUUAAGGAAUUAAUAGAGAAUUUAGUCACAUAAGGAACUUUAUAUUGGACUAUUUAAAUAAAAUAUGUUUUUAUUCCCCCUCAUUUGCUGGUUAGUGACAAGAUUUCUUUGAGGCUUCAUACUCCUUGUUCCUGCAUUGUACUCACAAGUUGCAUUUGAAACAUCAUUCAGUUGCCUAAACAUAAUUUAAAGUGAUAAUUGUGGUCCAGGUUUGUUUCCAAGCAUUGAUACGUGAUUCUGAAGCACAGUUUCUAGAAGAGAGCAAAGAACAUGUUGUGUCUUGUAACAGGUUUCUUUUUAUAUAAAUGUUUUCUCUAUUUCUGCUGCACAAUUAGGAGUGUUAAAAUAAACGUCAUUGAGUCUGCGAAAACAAUUCCACUGCUUGACAUUUAGAGCAGUAAUUAUGUCACCACAUAGCACUACCAGAGUACAUUUUCUUUAAUUCCAGUGAAGGAGUUAGAGACCUGCUUAACUAAAGUUCAUUUGGAUUCAAUCUCUUUAAUUUGUAAAAGCUCCUUUAAAAACAAGACCCCCCCCCCAAGCUUCCCCCAAAGCAAAAGCUUCCUAAUGAAAUGAAAUAAGAAGGAAGUGAGCAGUGGGUUUAGGAUAACGCACACUGGGUUGAUACUGGGCUGCCUUACACAGCGGCGUGGGGUGGCCUGUCCCACCCCACCCACACCCCCAGCUGCAACUGGAGUUCUUUGCAGACUUUGAGAUUAGUGACUAUACAAGAUGAAGAAACGUGCAUAUCGCGAUGUGUCGGUGUCUGGCAUCUACAGUCUAGUUUUCCCAUUGCUGUGAUUGGUUGGGCAAUGUGUAAAAACCAGUCCACUGGUUUCUGUGUUGUCUGCUUUUUUCAGGCAGUUCAUGCAGUGUGUCUUUUAAUUAUUACUUAGUGGAUUAGACAUUGUGGAACAAAAGGAGCUUUUUUUAACAGGAAGAACUACCUUGGGUUAGCUAUAUGUACAGUCAUCCAGUGAGACACGUUCCAGAGUGCGUGGGGUACCAAUAGAUUACGGAGUGGGGGAAUAUCCUUUUUUGCUGUUCUGAGCUACUAUUGUCAACUGCUGUUGUACAUAUACUGUUAUGUGUAAGGGGGUAAAUAUAUUUAUUAUGUUUGUAAAAUUCAUUCUGUACAAUUGCAGAUCAAGGUUGCUCCUCUGUGAUAUACAGGAUAUUAUGUUUCAAAGGCCAUGCUUGGAAUACGAUUAGAGAACUUAGUAUUUUGAUGUACUAAGACCUAUUUUAAGUUUAAUAUUUUGCCUUUGCAAAAACUUUAAUUAAAGAUGUUAUUUAAAAA